AUGUCACGAAAGAGAAGUUAUUCAGAGGCGACGGAGACUCUGUUACCGGAUGUCGACCGUGGAGACGAAGACGACGAUCAAUGGUGGUGGAGGAAAGUUUUGGACGUGGAGGAGGCGAGGAGACAAGUGUUGUUCUCACUCCCCAUGAUCGCAUCUAACGUUUCGUUUUUGUCGAUAACUUUGGUGUCUGUCAUGUUUGCCGCUCACCUUGGGGAGCUCCAGCUUGCCGGUGCAACGCUUGCUAAUUCUUGGGCAACUGUCACUGGCUUCGCUUUCAUGACAGGAUUAAGUGGAGCUUUAGAAACACUAUGCGGCCAAGGAUUCGGUGCAAAACUUUACCGAAUGCUGGGGAUUUACCUCCAAUCAUCGUGCAUAAUCUCAUGCUUUUUCUCGAUCAUCAUAUCCAUCUUAUGGUUCUACACCGAGCCCAUUCUCAUUUUGCUUCAACAAGAUGCCCAGAUUGCAAAAACCGCCGCUCUCUACAUCAAGUACCUAAUUCCGGGCUUAUUUGCCUACGGUUUCGUUCAAAACAUCCUCAGAUUUCUUCAGACGCAAAGCAUUUUGCUGCCUCUGGUUUGGUUUUCGUUCAUUCCGAUGGGCAUUCAUAUAGGCGUUGCUUUCGCUUUGGUGAAUCGUACUGAUCUGGGUUUCAUGGGAGCUCCGUUGGCGGCUUCGAUUUCACUGUGGAUUUCGUUUCUUUCGUUAUCGAUUUAUGUGUUCUUCGCUAAGGAAUUUGACGAGACCUGGGAAGGGUUUUCGUUGGAAUCGUUCAGUUGCGUUAUUACGAACUUGAAGUUGUCCCUCCCUUCUGCCGCAAUGGUUUGUUUAGAAUACUGGGCUUUCGAGCUUCUUGUGUUGUGUGCAGGGUUGAUGCCUAAUUCAGAAUUAAAUACUUCAUUGAUUGCAAUGUGUGUGAAUACAGAAGCGAUUGCCUACAUGACAACUUAUGGCCUCAGUGCUGCUGCAAGCACAAGGGUUUCGAAUGAGCUAGGAGCUGGGCAUCCAACUCGGGCCAAGAACGCCAUGGCUGUCACCCUCAUGCUCUCGGUCCUUCUUGCACUUGUGAUUGUCCUUGCUCUGGCAUUUGGUCAUCAUAUCUGGGCUGCUUCCUUUAGUAUCAGUUCUUUAAUUAUCAACCAAUUCGCUUCAAUGACACCCUUUCUUUUAAUCUCGAUAACCAUCGAUUCUUUUCAAGGCGUCCUAUCAGGGGUGGCCAGAGGAAGUGGUUGGCAGCUAUUGGCAGCAUGGGUUAAUAUGGGGACUUUUUAUUUCAUUGGAAUGCCAAUUGCAGCUCUUCUUGCAUUUAAAUUCAAGCUUUAUGCUAAGGGUUUGUGGAUAGGCUUAAUAUGUGGUCUCUCCUCCCAAGCUGGUGUCCUCCUAUUAAUCACUUUGUGUAGAAAAUGGACAAAAAUUGAAAUUUCAGAAGAGAGUGAUAGACAAACUAAAAUUUCUGUUUAAUUAAUCUUCUAGUGAAAACUGAAAAAUUAUAUUGUACUAUCUACAUUUUG